AGCGUAAACCAUUUCAGUCAGAACCACACCAGAGAGGAAUCAUACAGUCAGAACCAUAGAAAUUUUGUUUCCCCGUUCGUUUAACUGUUUAUAGCAAGAAGAGGAAUGAGCAGAGGGAAGGGUGAUGCCGAGAAGGUGGGACCCAUGUUCCCAAGACUCCAUGUCAAUGACACGGCAGAGAAAGGAGGACCAAGAGCACCACCGAGGAAUAAGAUGGCACUCUAUGAACAAUUUAGUGUCCCCUUUCAAAGAUUCAACCCUAAUUCAAAUUCAAAUUCUUCUAAUUCACUUCCUCUAACACCUUCCUCAAAUUUGGGAAAUGACCCUGAGAGAAGUUACAUUUCUCACCAAUCUAAUGGAGCAAACACGCACACUUUGUCAGCACAACUUGAACAUAGAAAAAAAGUAGAUGGAGAUGAUAGUCGUGCAUAUGAUCACUCAAGGAUUGGUCAAUCUAAUGAUAAAACAAUGAAGAGUUUCAAUGGGGAAAUUAUCACUCCUACGGGCUCCAGGAAUUUUGGCUGUUUAGUAUCCGGGAAAAAUGACAGUGACAAAGAUCAAACACAGUUUGGCUCCCUGCUCGUCGAAAUGAGAAAAGAUGUGAGAAAUAAGGGUGAAGUGCAUCUGCAAGAAAGCCUUAGUAGACAGAAAACAGUAAUGUCUGUCGAAAGCAUAUUGACAGGAGAAAUUAUUGACAGUUCGGUGAGGCAAGCCGAGAAGAUUUCAGAUGAAGAGGAUCAGAAUGAUGCUUGCUUACAGCAGGAAUCCAAUGAUAUUGAACAUGGUGGAAGUCUCGUUGACUCCGCGAUGGAUAUGGAUAAUAGAAACAGCCUUGUAUUAAGAGGCUGCUUUCGUUCUACAGUGAACCAAAUCAGUGUACCUGAAGCUGCCGAUCAUACCGAGUAUCAUGAUACCAACAUUGACAGCCCAAUAGAAAAUGGAAGCUCAGAAGGAAGUGAUGAUCUUUCCAAGAAUUCCACUCUAGAAAAUAUGCCAAGCCCGAGACUUUCUCCUGAUGGUGUCGCAGAGAUAUUAGGUCAGCAACUUUUUUGGAAAGCAAGACGAAAAAUUACCAAUCAACAGAGAAUGUAUGCGGUCCAAGUGUUUGAAUUGCACAGACUGAUAAAGGUUCAACAUCUGAUUGCUGAAUCAUCAAAUCUUUUGCCCGAUACUGCUGCUGUUUUGGGAAAACCUCUUCUGCAGGGAUCUAAUUCUAAAAGCCUUUCAUUUGAAGAAGUUGUUGAACCUCAGGCACAAAAUCAUAAACAGCAAGACCAUUCUGAAAACCAAAACCAUAAAUUGGAUUAUUCUACUGAAAAUGGAGUUGGGAAAACAUCCUUAUCAUCCCAAAAAUCAAACCAGGCAAAUGCUGGUUCACAGUGUUUUAAUCAAUCACCUGGACAUCAGUGGUUAAUUCCUGUUAUGUCUCCUUCCGAGGGGCUUAUCUACAAGCCAUAUCCUGGUCCUGGAUUUCCUGGAGCUGUAUACGGAGGAUAUGAACCGUUUGGACACAGUCCUCCAGAUGGUACAUUCAUGAAUCCUGCCUAUGGAGUUCCAAAUUUUCAUCAAGCGAUUGCAAUGUCACCAUUCAUUCCUCCAAGCAGUUAUGCCUACUUCCCUCCUCAGGGCGUUCCAGCAAUGAAUCAAUCAGCAUCAGGGUCAGUUGCUGAACAGGUAAACCAGUUUGUGGCACAAGGUUCUGGUGAUCGAAACGGUAAUUCAUCUUUAGUUGGAGCCGAUUUUGACACUCAUAAUCAAAGCUCAUGUAAUUUUUCUAAUCAGAAAAGUGGAGCCGUAUUACAUGUCACAAAAUCUAGGCCAUCUAGGGAAAGAGAGCUCGCAAGUAGUCCUAAUGAAAAGGCACAGGGAAUAAGAAUAGAGAAAUCUUCUGAAGGAAGAGACGCACUUCUGUCUUCCUUUACAGUUCCAUUAGCAUCAGAUGAAGUCUUUCAAUCGCUUGAAACAAGACAAAAACCGCAGGUAAUCAGAGUUGUGCCACAUAACCCACGGUCUGCAACGGUAUCAGCUGCUAGAAUUUUUCAGUCGAUCCAAGAAGAGAGAAAACAGUAUGAUCUAUUCUAGUGUUGUUUAUGGAUGUGUAACCUUUGAGUUGAGUUUAUUUAAUGGAUCAAGUUUCUGUAUUACUUUUGUUGUCAUGUAUUAUAAGUUUAUGACUCCAAAUCAAAAUAUACUUUAGUUAACAUCUAUAAAAAAAAAUCAACAAAGACCUACA